AAUAUGUCUCCUGUUCUCCACAGGGAUUGUGGAACUUUAUCAAAUCGGUUUUUAAUAACACCUCGAAGACAAUAUCCAAUUCAACAGGCCCAAUAUUCCUUUCUGGGGGUACUUCCCACAGUGUCCUGGAAUGGUUAUCACAAGAAGACUGUGCUAUCUCCUCAUAAUUCCAAGAUGGUGUGCAGUCCAGUGACAGUGAGGAUUGCUCCUCCUGAUAGCAAAUUGACUCGUUCUCCAAUAACAGAGCAGUUACUCAGCUCAACACUGUCCUCACCAUCAAGUAAUGCUCCGGACCCAUGUGCAAAGGAGACUGUACUGAGUGCCCUCAAAGAGAGGAAGAAAAGAACAGUGGAGGAAGAAGAACAAAUAUUCACUGAUGGCCAGGAAAAUAAAAGAAGGCGCCAUGAUAGCAGUGGGAGUGGACAUUCAGCAUUUGAGCCCCUGGUGGCCAAUGGAGUCCCUGCUUCUUUUGUGCCUAAGCCUGGGUCUCUGAAAAGAGGUCUCAAUUCCCAGAGCUCAGAUGACCACUUGAAUAAGAGAUCCCGCACCUCCUCUAUGAGCUCCAUGACGAGCACAUACACAGGAGGCAUUCUUAGCUCCAGCCGCAAUGCCAUUACCAGUUCUUACAGUUCUACUCGAGGUUUCUCUCAGCUAUGGAAGAGAAGUGGUCCAAGUUCAUCACCCUUUUCCAGCCCAGCCUCAUCCCGCUCCCAGACGCCAGAGAGGCCAGCAAAGAAAAUAAGAGAAGAGGAACUUUCCCAUCAUUCUAGUCCUUCAACUCCAUUAGUAACUGACAAGGAGUCCCAGGGAGAAAGGGUUGUAGAUACAACCACAUGGAAGAAACAGAACUUGAGUAAUUCCCCACCUACACCUGGCAGCUCUGGGCAGCGUAAACGGAAGAUUCAGCUGCUGCCCUCCAGGCGAGGGGACCAGCUGACCUUGCCUCCACCUCCCCAGCUUGGUUAUUCAAUUACUGCUGAGGACCUAGACUUGGAAAAGAAAGCUUCAUUACAAUGGUUCAACAAGGUCUUGGAAGAUAAGACUGAUGCUGCCUCGAGCUCAGUCACUGAGAACCCACCUACCACUCAGCCUUUUACUUUUACCCUGCCUACUGCUGGGACUGCUCCCUCUCCAACCUCUCUCCCAGCCCCAAGCACUAAUCCACUGUUGGAGAGCUUGAAGAAGAUGCAGGAUUCCCCGGGCCUAACAUCCUUCCCAGAUGAUUCAGCUGGAGUGGCAACUCCUGUGGCCCAUUCGCCUCCGAAGACACCCAGCCUUCUGGGCCCUCUUGGCUCUUCACAGUCAGCGCCCCUUCCAGGCACCUCCUCAGACUCCAAACCCACAGUAUCUUUCUUGGCGCUGUCCCCUACUUCUUCCAUACCAGUCACUGACACCACCAAGUCACCUCAGGCUGAGACAUCUGCCCCAUCCCAGGCCCAGUCUGCCCCAGCCCCCAGCCCCAAGCCAAGUCUUCUGUUUGGAAUGCUGAGCACUCCCCCUGCUAACCCUUCUGCCUCUGCAGCUCCUGCUGUGUUUUCAGCAUCUCCCAUGUUCAAGCCCAUUUUUGAGGCCCCACCUAAAAGCGAGAAUGAGGGCCCCUUGCCAUGUAGCCCUUCCAAGGUCACAACCACAGCAUCUUUUAGCUCUGCCCUUCCCACAACUACCAGCACCUCACCCAUCACUUUCAAACCUGUUUUUGGCAGCAUGGGGCCACCUACAUCUGUGUCCUUGUCAACUCCCUUCUCCUUCAAUCAGACAACUACUGCAGCCACAACCACAAAUGCCCCUCUCUUCACUGGCCAGGCCAGUGCCACCUCAACAGUGGCUUCUGCGACCACAGCCAGCACCUCUGCCGACUCAGCUUCGAAGCCUACUUUUGGCUUUGGUGUGAGCAAUGUGACCAGCACCAUGAACAGCAUGACUAGCACCACCACUUCCACCUCCCAGCCUUUCCUCUUUGGGAAUCCCCCUGCCGCUGGUGCCAGCUUUACCCCAGCCACAGGCUCCAUAUUUCAGUUUGGCAAGCUUUCUGCCAUUCCUACUUCAACGACAACGACCACCACCACCACCUUUGGCCAGUCCCUACCCAGUGCCGUGCAGGCAGCCACCAACAACAGCACCGCUGGCUUUAGUGGUUUUGGCAGCACCCUUACAACCUCAGCCCCGGUCACCACCAGCCAGCCUACCCUGACAUUCAGUAGCUCUACCACCCCAACAUUCAACAUUCCCUUUGGCUCAAGCACCAAGGCCCCUCUCCCAUCAUAUCCGGGAGCCAACCCCCAGCCUUUUGGGGCCACUGAUGGGCAGCAACAGGGAGCUACCAAGCCAACGCUUGCCCCCAGCUUUGGCAACUCUUUCACUUUUGGAAACUCUGCAACCCCAGCCCCAACUGCAACUCCAGCACCAACCCCAACCCAGCCAGCCUUUGGCAACACUGCGCAGUCAGCUUUUGGUGGUUUGAAACCCACAGCCUCUGCCUUUGGCACCCCUGCCAGCACCCAGCCAGCCUUUGGCAGCACCACAGCUGCCUUCUCCUUUGGUGCAGCCACCACUUCUGGCUUUGGAGCUACAACCCAGACCACCAGCAGCGGGACCAGUAGUUCAGUGUUUGGCAGCACAGCACCAUCGCCCUUCACAUUUGGGGGCUCAGCAGCCCCAGCUGGCAGUGGGGGUUUUGGGAUCAAUGUGGCUACCCCAGGCACAAGCUCUACCUCUGGAGCGUUCAACUUUGGAGGAGGACAGAGUGGGACCACUGGCAACACAGCCCCCUUUGGGGGAGGCUUGAGUCAGAACACAUUGGGCGCAUCCAGCCAGAGCACACCCUUUGCCUUCAAUGUGGCCAGCACGCCUGAGAGCAAGCCUGUGUUUGGAGGCACCUCCACACCCACCUUUGGUCAGAACACCCCUGCCCCUGGAGUGGGCACAUCAGGAAGCAGCCUCUCCUUUGGGGCAUCCUCAACACCCACCCAAGGCUUUGUUGGCGUCGGACCUUUCGGCCCCUCUCCCAGCGCAAUUGAUACAGCUUUGGAAGCCCCCCCCCUCUUCAAGCACCCACAGUCCUGUUGGCCUAACUUUCCAGAGAUUGGGGCAACCAAAGAAAUGCUUUCAGGUAGCAGCUGCCCUGAUGAGAUUUUGUUGAAUCUUUCCAGGAUCGACGGCCCCUUCAUUUUCCAUUGGUGCAGGAUCCAAGACCCCAGGGGCUCGACAGCGACUGCAGGCCCGAAGGCAGCACCCCCGCAAGAAAUAGUGUUUGUCCCUUGCCUCCAUUCCACCCACCCCUUGCCCAAAUCUGGACCUUGGUACCUGCUAGGAAGAGCCUCUAACCCAUCAAGUUCCAUACAGCAAACCUGGCUUCAGCCACCAGGGAGGUAGUAGCAGCCCUGGGGGCCAUUUCCCUCUCUCAGAGGAAGCGGAAGCCUCAGGCCUCUUGGUGGAAGGGGAGGAUGUGGCAGGGCAGAAGCCUGAUACCUUUACUUGAACAGUUCCACUGGUGAGGCUGGAGAGAACUAAAGAAACAUCUGUACAUACUGUCCACUUACUUCCCUCACUUGUUUAGUAUAUAAGCUUAGUCAGGCAGCCUUCCUUCCCACCUUUUCCCCAGCGAGCCAUCUUUGCUGGAGGGUAGUAGGUAGAGCCCUGCCCACCUCUCUCUCUGGUAUGCAUUUAGUGGGAUUGGGGGAAAUGGAUUAUCCCUAAAGCUUUACCUUGCUUGGCUUGGCUAUAAAAAGUGGUUCUCUGGUCCCUUUAGGGGACUGUUUCCCCAUUUCUUGCUUUGUCCCUCAACUGGCUCCUUGCAGGAUCUAUUGCUUUUUAAAUGAUCUUGAAUCAAGCUUUGCCUUGAAGACCCCAGUGGAUGCUGCUCCUGCUAUUUCACUUCCUCUUGCCAAGUCUGAGUCAGUGUUUUGUCCCUAAUCCUAUCUGGCAGUUCGGCCCCUAAAAGCUUGGUGGCUCAAGACUGUUAGCCUGGCAGAUCCAGGGGUGAUUCCCUCACUCCAGGGAGGAAAGCUCUUGGAGCAGACAGGAUGCCCACCGCUGCUUUCAGCUGCCUCCUCACCCACUAUCCCUGCUGGCCUCAUUGGGCACGUCUGCCUCUCUGGCACUGUAUGUUUAAAGCCUUGUCCUGUGUUACUUUGUCUGAUGCUCAUGUCUAUUUCUCUUUGAAUCGAGUUUGGAGGAAGAAUUGAAUUGUAUGAGUGGCGGCAUGUUGGUAGUGCCGGACUUAUCUGUUUCAAGUUUCUGGGACUUAGCUAAUUGAAUGUGGAAAGUAGCACCACUUUACGGCUACAAGUGCCAACUCCUGAAUUUUCAAAUGGUGUUUUGACUUUAAGGGCUGGCAGCCCAGGAGGAUAGGGCCAAGGGGAAGCAAAGACCUCAUCUCUUCCCUCUGCUGUUUCUCUCUCCUACCUACCUGACCUCACAGGAGGCUCGAACACCCCUAGUAUAUGUUAGAAAACCUAAAUUAAUGAGCCACACUUUCAAAUUCUUAGUCGCCACCCCCUCUCCCCUCAACCCUUCCUUUCUUUGUUUCAAAGCCACAUACCCCAGGCCUAAGAGCCUUGCUGCCAUGCCCAUCCUCUUUGGGAGAAGUAUGAAUGCGUGUGUCUAAAUUAAAAGAAAAAAUAUUUAAACAUUUUUUAACAAAAUAAAAAUUUAUUUUUGUAUUUAAGCUAAAUUGCCUUUUAAAUUCCUUCAAGCUUGGUUCAUUGAGGUGGUUAAGUAUAAAUGCUGUUGAUUAGGAAUUAGCUGUAUAGUUAAGUUAUGCCUGUGUGAAGAAGAGGCUCUAGUGCUGUCCCAGACAGCUUUCCUGGGGUGACUAGAGCUCCUUCUGGACACAUUAUGUAAAAUGUAAUUCUUUUUUUUUAUAAAUAAUGUGAUGUAGAUGUAACUAGUCCCCCUCACCCUUUUGUGACUGAGGUUGAAAGUUUUGUGGCAGGGGACUGACUGCUCCCCACCCCCUAGAAGAGCUCUGUUAAUACUUAACUGUCUGUGGAGCUGAGGAGGGAGCCUGAACCUCAAGUCUCAAAUACCUACUAGAAUUGGAGGGGUGUGGUGGGGCACGGGCCUAGAAAUCAAGCUUCUACCUAUACCUUAAGUAAGGUAGACCCUCUUAGUUUUAGUACUCUAAGCUAGUUUACCUCAGUUCCACAGGCAGGGCAGUUGGUCCAGGAACCCCCUGAAGAGGGUUCCUGGCACAGCCUGAGUGUGAGUGUGUGUGUGUAUGUGUACAUGUACGUGCACUGGACAGGAACGGGAGGCUGGGACUUUCCAUUACAAAUAAAGACUUAAUUCCUGUGAGUCUAGUUGGAAUUUUUAGUAUGAAUGUGAGAUUUUUCUCCUUGCUUAUGUCAUUAAGAAUAAAAAAAAACUGUGAUCUAUCGUA